CUCCAAUAUGGCGCUGUACCCGACUGUACUAAAUCUCAUGAGUGCUCAACUGUAGAUAGAUGCUAUGAGGAAGCAAGAGACGAUAUGGCCUUUCAUUAUUCUAAGCCUAUUCGGUUUGGGGAUGGCCAACCCGGACGCAAAACGACUCUACGAUGAUUUGAUGAGCAGCUACAAUCGGCUUAUUCGGCCCGUGAGCAACAAUUCGGAUCGCCUCACCGUUAAAAUGGGACUCAAGUUGUCUCAACUCAUCGAUGUGAAUUUGAAGAAUCAAAUUAUGACGACCAACGUCUGGGUGAACCAAGAAUGGUCGGAUCAUAAACUAAAGUGGGAUCCUCAAGAAUAUGGCGGCGUCACUGAGCUCUACGUUCCAGCCGAGCAGAUAUGGUUGCCAGACAUCGUACUCUACAAUAAUGCGGAUGGCAACUAUGAAGUGACCAUAAUGACGAAGGCCAUCAUCCACGAAGACGGCCGAGUAGUAUGGAACCCACCCGCCAUCUACAAGAGUUCCUGUCUUAUUGAUGUCCAAUACUUCCCAUUCGAUAAACAAGAGUGCUUCAUGAAAUUCGGAUCCUGGACAUACGAUGGACAUCAGGUGGACCUAAAACACCUGAACGAGAUUCCCAAUGAAAACAUCGUUCCCAUGGGCAUCGACCUGUCGGAAUUCUACCUGAGCGUCGAGUGGGACAUCAUGGCCGUACCAGCCAUGAGACGCGAGCGCUUCUACUCGUGUUGCGAGCAACCUUACCCCGAUAUCACCUUCAACAUCACCCUGAGACGCAAGACUCUUUUCUACACCGUCAACCUUAUCAUCCCUUGCGUGGGCAUCUCUUGUCUGUCCGUGCUCGUCUUCUACCUUCCUUCAGACUCCGGGGAGAAAGUAUCCCUCUCCAUCUCUAUCAUGCUUUCCCUCACAUUUUUCUUCUUAGUCCUGGCGGAAAUCAUCCCUCCUACGUCGCUGGCGAUGCCGCUUCUAGGGAAGUACCUCGUCUUCACCAUGAUCCUGGUCACUGUAUCCGUGCUGGUAACAAUCGCGGUGCUCAACGUGCACUUCCGGUCGCCUUCCACUCACAAGAUGGCGCCCUGGGUGCGGAAAGUGUUCAUCCGAGUGCUUCCAAAAAUCCUUCUGAUGCGAUCCCCUCAGUAUCGCAUCGAGCCCGAGGAAGCAAAAGAAGGUAGCACGGCUCCUCCUCGUAGUAACGGCUUAGACGUCCUCCAGGCUCCCAGGGCCUCGUUCGGUGCUCUCGCACCUCCUCCAGAAGACACACUACCGGAAAUGGAAGCCAGUCCUCCUGGAGAUUAUCAUUUUCCCAGGGAUCUAGAACGAGCCAUUCAUAAUGCCAUGUUUAUCGCCCAACACAUUGACAACAACGACGACUUUGAAAGUAUACGUGAAGACUGGAAGUACGUGGCCAUGGUCCUGGACCGUUUGUUUCUCUACGUGUUCACCAUCGCCUGCGUGGUGGGUACGGCGGGCAUCUUCCUGCAGGCUCCCUCUCUGUAUGAUCAGACGGAUCCCAUUGACGUCAAGCACUCGCAAGUAGCCAGGCGAAUGAUGAAGGACUAUCCUUGGACCGACAUCUAACAAGACCCCUGCAGCGUUCAUGCCUCCCGCUCCUCCUGACGCCGGCGUCCUUUUUGGCUCCCGUCCUCGCACGUACAAACCUUUUAUAGCAAGUGUAUGAAAGACGAAUGCCGAGUCAAACAUCUCUUGUAAGGUUCUCCACCGAUGAUAAGGAGAAUUUUCGCGCUGUCUCAGUUGUGGAUGGCCGCUUUUUGUAGCCGUUGCUGCAAAAACAGCUCGCUCUGGUGACCUUAUAUAGAAUGCGUUAAGGCCAAGCAAUGAUCUCAACACGUGAGUCCUUUUAAGUGAAGGUUCAUAUUCUGGGCACUUCUGCGUGGGAUUUUGGAUGCCUCCAUGCACCAAGUUAUUCGGCUGAAAGCAACGUGCAGAAGCUGAAUCCAAAAACUUAACGCUUCACCAAAGGCCAAUGAUCAAAGGACUCCAACUCGUCCUUGGAAUGCGGUCUCAACAAACAACGUUUUCGCGCGAGCUCACCUUUGAUUAUUAUAAUUUAGGGUUUUGCGUCACGUGACAACUGUGGGCAACACCGGUCGGUAUAAUUUUGCCCCACUUGAAUGCGCUCCAUCGUGUCUAAGCAACUUGUACUACCAUACUGUUGGUAUGUCGGUAACCAUUAGAUCAGUAAGCUGAGGCCGGUUCCAAGUCCUAGAGCGAUAUACGCCUCUACAUAUAAAAAAGAUUUCAGGAAAAGAGCAUUAUUUCAAAGUGUCGCCGUCCUGAAAUUGUCGCCAUCCGAAUGAGUCCUUCGUGAAAAGCGAACCCCGAUCAAUCGGUAAAUUUACCUCUCUAUAGGUGGCCAUGCUUGCGAAGCUUGGUUUCGGUAUUCGCACAUAAUGUAGAAGACUAUUAACGUAGAAGAUGUGAAAAUCAUAUUGUACAAGAGUGGACAAUGACGCUUCCCAGCGAAGAGACCGCCAAGUGCGCAGGGUACAGUCAAGUCUUCUUUUCCACGCGGAAUGUUCAUCUGACGAGCAGUGCUCCGUACGAAUAAAAGAUUACAUUGA